CAGCCAACUAAACACUAAUGACAGCACAAACAGAAGGCACAUUAUAAGUAACCAGGAAGGGAUUCUCAACCACCAACAGAGAUGGCACUUCACUGGAGGGAUGAGUUCAAACAACAAUUAAGUAUACUAACAGGUACUUCGGUCACCCUACCCCAGCCAAGACUAAUACAAAAAUACUUUGAAACCGCUGUGAACUCCUAUCCAGGGGAAGCUUUUUCUAAGGGAAUAUGGUUUAACGACCAAUUCAUGAAUUAUUAUGAUAUCGAGGCUUUGUCUCAAAAGGCUGCUAAUCAUUUACAGCACCAGCUAGAACUUUUGCAUAAAGCCCCUAGAAAUGGUGAGAUCAUAAUUGCUAUAGAUAUUGAACCAUGUCAUGAGCUCAUUAUUGCUAUCUUAGCUAUCUUUAAGAUCGGGGCAGCUUAUUUACCGUUAGAUUCCAGAUCUCCACCCAAUAGGAUCAAACAUGUCAUAACGGAAGCUAACCCUACAUGUGUUGUUGUGCCUACCAUCUCCAGUAAGUUCAUUGUCCAUGGGGAACACACAUUCGCUGGUCUCAGGGUUUUCAGUGUCGAUGAAUUACUCCUGAAAAGACUAAACUCCAGGUCCAGCAACGAGCAGCAUGUAAUUGUGAAUGAUGCUUAUGUUAAGAACAGUGCGGCUGGUCCGGUUGGUAAUAGCAAUGGUAAUUAUUUUGGUGUAUUUGAGCACCUUGUCCGCUCAGCCCAACCUGCAUUAAUAUCAGUAGGGAAGGCCAUUGCACCUAUCGAAGAUAAUGUAAACUCUAAAAUAGACAAUCUUGCCUAUGAGAUUGAUAGACUUGAACAUACUGAUUUCUGUGAUACGGAGGAUGAUAAUGUUUUUGAAGAGGAUACCGAAGAGACAUGGGAAAUACUCAAUACCAAACACAAUCAAUCUGAUGAUGAUGUGAAUGCAGUACUUGAUGAGAAUGAAAGGGAACAGAAUAAUCCUCUGGCAUGCAUCAUAUACACCAGUGGUAGCACUGGUUUUCCAAAGGGGGUCCGUAUACGUCAUAAAGCUGUAUUAAACAGAUUGGUUUGGCAGUGGAUCGAAUUCCCCUUCAAGUCCAAAGAGUUUUGUUGCUUUAAAACAUCAUUACUUUUUGUGGAUUCAGUGAUUGAGAUAUUUUCAUGUGUUUUGAAACUUAUUCCGAUGGUAAUAUCCCCGAGAGAAAUUACAAAGGAUACACACAGAUUCCUGGGAUUGUUGAAUGCGCACAAGGUUUCUAGGCUAAUAAUGGUGCCCUCAAUGCUCCAGAACAUUCUCUCAAAUAUAUCUAAGACAAAUAACGACAAUCAACUGUCACACUUAACAUUAUGGAUGUCAAAUAGUGAGACACUACCGAUGCAUUUAUUGCAAAAGUUCUUCAGAAUCUUUCCAGUGAAUAAAACAUUUGCUAAUCUUUAUGGUAGUACUGAAACUAUGGCUGAUGUAACUUAUGAACGCUAUAAAUCUAUGGAUGAUGUCCUUAAGAAAUCUUGUGAUGACGUGUUAUCCAUUGGCCGUCCAAUGUGUAACUCGUUCGUAUACAUUGUUGAUGACACAGAUUGUAUUGUGCCUGUCGGCGAGACGGGAGAGCUAUGGGCAAGUGGACUUCAUAUCGCUGAUGGUUAUGUGGAACCAGGACCAUCGAGGGUCAACACUUUUAUGAGGAAUCCAUUCAUAAUGCAAGGGGACCAUACCAAAGUAUACAAAACUGGUGACUUUGGACGUGUGGUGAAUGGAGUAAUUAUUUACGAAGGACGAAAAGACACACAGGUUAAGGUUCAUGGUCAGAGGGUGCACAUUGCUGAGAUUGAAAAGGCUGUGAUGUCACACCAAAGUGUGGACCAGGUGACUGUAUUGUGUCAUGAAAUCACCACAUUGACUAAAGUCAUAGUGGCCUACUUUACGCUCAAGAAAACAUACAAACUGGACAUUGGUGGAAUUAUCACUGAAUGCAAGUCCCAUUUGCCAUACUACAUGAUUCCAAGGUUAGUAAAUGUUGAGACGCUCCCCUUACAGCCACACACUGGAAAAAUAGACCGAGCAAAACUGCAGAAGUUUUAUAAUAGCACGGAUGACGAAGGUUCAUUCAUUGAGCACAUGUUGCCAGCUGAUGACACCGACUGCAACGUGAUCUUAGAGACAAUUGCUUCAAACAUUCAUAUUCCAAGACUCACCCUCACUGAAGAUGCUAAUUUCUUUGAACUGGGAGGAAAUUCAGUGAACAUGGUUUCCACUAUUGUACAAUUGAGAGAGAAGGGUUAUUUUAUCAAUGUGGAUACAUUCAGUGAGUGUAAAACAAUAGGGGAUAUACUGAAGAAUAUCAAAAGCUCGCUGGCAGUUAUUCCCAAUGAUGACUUCAUGUAUGACAAUCUGGAAAUUGUUCCUUUGAGAAAGGCAGACGACAAUGAACGCAUUAUGGGUAAUCUCUCUAUAAAUUUCACUGCAAAGGAACCUCUGUGUAGGCUUCUCUCAAUCACUAAAGACGAUUUCAUGCCUCUAGCAAAUGUCCUGUAUUCAGAAGCUAUCAAAACCAACCUUUCAUUUGUUGUCCUUGAUAAGCAAUCGAAACAGAUUUUAGGAGGUGACUUUUUAUUCGAUUAUGCAAACCCAAUCCAGACAGAUAACAUCCCCAGUAUGGAAGCCAUAUUUGACAUACUCGCAACCCUAGAGCAACAGGGCAAACCAAACAUUUCUAAACGCUGUCAAAAACUGCUGUAUAACAACUGCUUAUGUGUGGACAUGAACGUUGACAUGGCCCAUCAAGUUAAACUAUGUCAUGUAAUAGAGGACCAUGUGAUACAGGUAGCAAGAGCCAAUGGAUUUGAUGCUGUAGUUACGCACAACACCAAUCAAG